AUGCGGCUCAGCUGACUCAUCUGACUAAGGUACCUUGAAAGCUCCCUGUUAGCGACUCCAAAAAAUCAGUGACGAUAUCCAUCUUGUUCACCCCCCCGACCGCGGUAUCAGCCCAGUCUUGCGCCAGACGUCGCCGGAAACCCCAACACACCAGGGACAAUGGCAUCCGACAACGGUAACCCUGACGCAGAAGAUGUGAAGUCCUCAUUCUUUAGCAAACUCCACGACUAUGGCACAAAUCCCCUCCCGCCCGCAAUCCACGCAAUCCUAAUCGGCGCCCUCCACGGCCGGCCCCUCAAGAUCCUCCCGGCCUCCUUCGCGCCCGCCCUCCUCUUCAGCAGCUACGUCAACCUCGCCGGCUUCCCCACCGACAGCGCGGGCUUCACCUGCGCCCUCUCGGGCCUCUACGCCCUCCUCGCACUGCGCCGUCGCCAGCCCCUGCGGACCAAGUUUUCCGCCCGGGGGCUCGUCCGCGGCACCGCCAUCGGUAUGGGCUUUGCUAAUGCGGCUGCCGGCGCGUGGGUGUAUGCCAGUGGCGACCGGAAGAAGGACGAGGUGGAGAGGAAAGAGAGGAAUCGCUGGGGUGGGGAGUCAUGAAAGAGGAAAGGAAAGAAAAGAAAGAGAGGGAGGAAGGUAGAGUUACCAGACGGGUAGUAGACCUCGAUGGGACCAAGUUUAGAGGAGGGCAUGAUCUUCUUCCGUCUGGUCUCUGUCGUGGACUGCUGCCACUUUCCUGUCAUGCGGUGGUCUUGGAUCGGCUCGAGUUGUUCAAACAAGCGCCAAAUGCCAAGCCAGGGUGGACGUUAAUAGUACCGUCUGUAAGAAAUAUUGUACGAUUAUAGGACAAGUCCGUUAGAUAAUGAGAGGCGUCGAGUCAUGAGGCGAAACGUCGUUGCGCGAAACGGCAGCUUCUGGGGAUGGAUCGACAUACACAUAUGCCAUGAUCUCGAUAAGCUCUCAGGGAAAUUAAUGCUUGCAUACGGAAAUAGCAAUAGAGCCGGUCACUUUACGAGAUGGGUGGAUUUUGCAGAAUACCAUCCAAACGAUAAUCAGAAAUUUACAAAUCAGUUACUAUG